AUGGCGUGCUCAAACAGAAGUUUAAGCCAUGUGGUCAAAUUUGAUGGUAGCAACUUACUACUCUGGAAUUUGGGCCUGGACGUUGCACUAGAAGAACAUGAUGUUCAGAGUGUGACCGAUGGCACCUGCCUCAUGCCACCUGAGAUGCGAGCUGUCCAUGAACCUGCUGAAGGACAAGCUGUGAUCGAUGGAGCUCAAGUCAUGCUGGGACCAGUCCUAAAUGCAGAUGCAAUUAAGGAUUGGAAAACGAAAGAUUGUACAGCACGUCGAAUCUUACUCUCAACAAUUGAGGAAAAACUGCAGAAUACGUUGGUCGGAUGCAAGACAGCUUUCCAAAUAUGGACAAGACUCUCGUCACAACACAACAAAUGUGCAGCCAACAACAGAUACGUAAUUCAACGAAAAUUCCUUAACUACGACUACCAACAAGGCCAUGACGCCAUGUCCCACAUCUCGGCCAUUGAGAACCUUGUCGAACAACUCAAAAACAUGGGUGAAGCCCCAACUCUUUUAUGCAAAUCUGCACCAAAAUUAUCUACACUCUUCCACCUCACCUGCGUGGAUUCAUUGCAACAUGGGAGGCUCUUCCAGAACAAGAACAGACGAUUGCAUUGCUGA